CUUGAGAUAAAACACAAGAUAACAGAACUGGAAGCCAAACUCAGUGCUGACAAUGAAGUCAGGCAGUGAAUGGAAGACCCACUACGAGACACAACUUGAACUGAACAACCAACUAGAAAAGCAAAUUGUUGCUCUUGAAGAGAAAAUGGAAAAAAUUCGUGGAACUCCUUCAGAUAGACUGUCUUCUAUUCGUGUCUAUGAACGAAUGCCAGUGGAAUCCUUAAGUUCAUUACUUAAACAGCUAGAAAAAGAAAAAAGGAGUCUUGAAAAUCAAGUGAAAGAGUAUGCACUUAGAUUGGAACAAGAAUCAAAGGCUUACCACAGGACCAACAACGAGCGCCGCAGGUGCCUAGCUGAAGUGUCGCAGAUCCAUCAGAGGACUGAGGUCAAAAGGAAAACCACUGCCCUGGAACCUGGAGAGACCGGCAGAAACAGUGACAUGCAGCUCAUUCGGAAAAUAAACCACCGCUGGAGCCAGCAUCAGGUAUCUGGCUCCCACCAGGUUUCUAACCGGCAACAGAUCAAUCAGCUGCCUAGAAUGAAGGAGAAUCUAGUGAGAAUGAGCCGUAUUCAUAAUGGCUGAGAGGUGGAAACAACCCAAGGACCGUCAACUGAUGAGUGGAUAAAUAAAAUCUGGCUGAUCUGUAUAAUGAAGAUGUUAUUCAACAAUAAAAAGAAAUGAAGUACCGAUAACUGCUACAACAUAGAUGCACCUUGAAAACAUUAUGCUUAGUGACAAAAGCCAGUCACGAAAGACUACAUUUAUAUUCUAUGCAGUGUCCAGAAAAGGCCAGUCCACAGAUACAGAGAGUAGACUGGCAGCUGCCGAGCACUAGGGAGUAGGGGGAGAAAUGGGCCGUGACUGCUAAUGGGUGUGGGAGUCCUUGUUGGUGAUGAUAAUGUUCUAAAAUUGAUUGGUGGUUGCACAACUCUGUGACUAUACUAAAAAUCGUUGACUUGUAUACCUUAAAUGGGUGAAUUUUAUGUUACAUGAAUUGUAUCUCAAUAAAG